AUGAGGAAGGAAAACAAACUCCACGGUCGCAAAGGGAGGGGUCACAGUCGGGACAUUACUGAACGCAAGCGGGUGGUGACCACACGCAGCUUGAGGCGGGGGAGGAUAGGGAAAGGGAAAGGAAAUGUCAACAAGGACACGAAGAAGAAGGACAGAGAGGGAGGAGGGCGAAACCACCAGGGGCUACUCACGAACCAGUUCGGCUUCAUCCUUCAAAAUAAUCCCGUCAUCGGUCUUCUUGGUCCCAUCCACCAUUAUGUCGGAAGUACAGGCAAUCUGUGUCAGCACAUUCGCGAGAGGACUUUCAUCGUCGUCAAGCAGACUGGUGAGCUGUAUGUUCAAGUUAGGAUCCCGGUAAACCGCCUUGAUCCCAUCCAAUGCCACAUACGCGUCCUCCACCGUGUCUCGAAGCGCAUCGGCAGAAACGUUAAGGCCACAGAUGUGGUUCAAGACGUUCAAGUAUUUCCUCAGGAUGCAUUUCAGAUUCGUGACCGCUUCGGCGGUAUCGGUCUGGUUGGCGGUGUCCUUCUUCUCUGUCAGGGAGAGGUUGUUGGAAUUGUCGGUUGCAGCUUCCUGUGCCUUCUUUGCCAAAUACAAAUCCCGCUCGAGCAUGUCAAUCUGAGCCGCCUGACGACGCUUGUCGAGCCAGCGUUUCUGGCUCAAGCGCUUAACAUCUUCCAGGUGUUUUCGCGGCUGCGUGCGAAACUGCAGGAUCGUCGUCGGUGCCUCGAAUCACUCGUCCUUUCGUUGAUGCAAUUGCUUUUCAACCUCCUUGGCGAUAUCACUCCGGAUCUCAGUCAACUGACGGCAGUACUCGGAGUUCUCGUCUCGGGCCACCUUCAGGUCCAGCUUGAGUUGCAGGUUUUCGAUCUGCACCUUUUCACGCUUUUUGGCCUCACCCAACACAUAGGGUCGGGCGAGUUCAUCGAGCUUGGUGUUGAGGAACCUGCGGAAUUUUUCGGUCUUGAUGUUUUUCCGUUCCAAGUCGCGAGCGUCCAUUAUCCACUGUUCACGCGCGGCCUGGCGCUCAUACUUGAAACAGGACACCUCUUCCUUGUGUCUCUUCUUCCUUUCCUCGAACUCGCGUUUCUCUUGCUCGAAUUUCUGCUCGGCCUCACGGAAUUCGACUUCGUCCUUUUCCAGUUUGGCUUCGCGUCCUUUCAGCCGGAGAUACCACUUGUUCUUGGUCCAGAGAGAGUCGUUCCGAGCUUCAUCGACCAUUCCAUCAGGGCCGGAUUGCUGGGUGGUUGCCGUUGUCGCCAUUUUGACACCUGA